UCACUUGGUCAAACACAUCACACUUUGGAAGUGUUCGAAUGGAGUUUUUGAUGCUUUGGUGUCUUCUCGUGCUCAUAGACACGGCCGUGGUCAAUGGAAUCGGGGGUUCCACUUUAAAUCCAUCGUACGAAACAACUACAGAACAUCUAAAUACAUCUAACGAAGAGUCUAUAUUUUCCACGGAUUCUGUAACCUUUGCUUCUAUUACAGACAAAUCAUUUACAACGGAUCCAAUACAAAAUACUUAUAAUGGUGAACAUUCUGAAGAGACCACAUUUUCCACGGAUUCUGUAACCUUUGCUUCUAUUACAGACAGAUCAUUUACAACGGAUCCAAUACAAAAUACCGAUAAUGAUGAACAUUCUGAAGAGGCUACAUUUUCCACGGAUUCUGUAACCUUUGCUUCGAUUACAGACAGAUCAUUUACAACGGAUCCAAUACAAAAUACUGAUAAUGAUGAACAUUCUGAAGAGACCACAUUUUCCACGGAUUCUGUAACCUUUGGCGCCCGCACAGACCGAUCGUUUACAACAGAUUCAGUAGAAAAACCAACCACGCCUGAACCAGACGGUGAUCCGGAAUUUGUUAAAAUGGGGUCCUUAAAUUUGGCAAGUGUGGACGUAGAUUACCAUUGCAGUAAUUAUGGCUCAAAUUAUCGAGCGCUGUUCUUGUAUAACAUUACCGAAGAUUUAGUCCAUGUACACAAAUUCUUGAACAGGAGUUACUAUGGUGUCGAGUUUUGGACAGAUUUAGUCAUAAUUAGCAGAACGGCAAUGAUUAGCAACGUCACCGGGAACCUGUUUCCCAAAGAGUCCUUGAUAUCGGAGAAUGGCCAUGGGAACUGUGUCACGAUGAAAGGCGAGUCCGGUCGGAUAUUCCAGAAGGCCAAGGGAUGCGAUUCUCGUUAUUAUGUCAUGUGCCGAAUUUAUACACCGAACACCGGCGGCGGGGACUCAUCCAGUCCGGACUGUAUUUGUAACUGUAACAAUGGCGUUUCUCACCCCACCCUGACAGAGGAUGAAGUGGAAAUUGUAGUGAGCGAAAUCCGGAAAAACCUCACCGUCUUCAAAGCGAACCUGUCGUCUAACAUUAGGAAGAGGAUAAGCGCCAGUGAUCCCCGAUUGUCCAGCAGAGUUAUCGGAAUGACCUUGGGAGUAAGCAUUCUGAGUUUUGUGGCCAGUUUAUUGGUCAUUCCCGACUUAGUGGCGGGUUUUAGAUUUCUGAUGUCAAGGUUGUAAUAUGUGAUUGGAUAUUGGUGGAUCGAAACACCAAAUGCAGAUAUCUGCACCGUUCGACAAAUUUCGUGAAAAAUCGGACUCCGUAUGACAAUAUUUUUGUAUUUACCAGCUGUUUACUGAGUUGGUUGAAUUUUGAUUCAAAGACCGCAUGUACUGUUUUCUAUGAUUAAUGUCAGGGGCUCGUUUCAUAAAGAGGCUUAAAUUUUGGGCCUAACUUUAGUCUAGUCCGAGGACUUACACAGAAACUUUGUCCGGCGUAUUUUGCAUUUCAUAAAGCGGUGUAACUAGAGGCGUAAACUUUAGAAUAUAGCUAUAGCAUUUAAAGCACUGCACAUGCAUAAAAUUGUGUCUAUUACUCUGUUAUGUAAAGGUGUAUGUAGCAUGUGAAAAAAUGAUCAAUUAUAGAGGAACUAGGGAUUGUAAUAAUUUUUAUUUCAAAUAUUUAAGAUUUGAUAAAUUCUUGUUUCACACAAAGGUUAAAAUUUUUAAAUAAUAUUCCCUUUCCUUCAACAGUUUACCGGACAAAAAAACCACCUAUUAAAUAUCAAAAUUUAGUUUUUCAAAUAGAUAAAACAUUAUUAAAACGGACACUAAAAAAUAGUGAAGUGUAUAUGAUUUUCUGGAAUUCCAGCGCAAGGAGUAUUAUUUAGAGUAUGGAAAUCUUAUUAUAAAACGAAUUAUCCGUAUAAUACAUGUAUAAUGUUUAAUUUAAAGCGGGCUUACUCAGUAUUAUUUUGGUUGACUAAAUGACUUGUGUAAUUUGCUCAAAGGAAUUAUCAAUAUAUCAUUUUAAUUAAUUAGGUAGUCCAAAAUAUAUGUUAUUUUAUUACUUUUAUCAUAUUGAAAAUUUUGAAUUUACUGGGUCGGUGUAAAUUUACAAGUUGUCAUAUUGAUGUUUACAUCCAAUUUUCUUACCUUUGUCGCGCUUUGUCAUUGUGCAUUUCAUUUGAAAUGAAUUUUAGGAGUUAUAAAACAAAAUUAAUGCAUUUUUGUUUUCAAUUAUUUCGCGAUGUUUUGUAUUUUAUCGCAAUAUAAUGUAUUUUAUACAUGUACAUGUAUUGUGAUAAGCUACACUUUCUGUAUCCAGUAUUUAGAAAUAAUAAUUUGUAUUUAUCAAAUCAGUUUGAAUUGCAGACUUGUCUAAACUCUAAUGUGGCAUCAUUCUUGUAGUGAAAAACCAUGUUUCAAUAACAUAUCUUCACUUUAAAAAGAGAAUAACAAAUGAAGGUUAUAAUUGUGCAUUAGUACCAGUGAUCGAGUUUAAUCGGCCUCGAUUUUCAGUAUUAUUUGCAUUUGAUAUUAAUGCAUCCAAAGGCACAUACAUUAUAUGUUAUAAAAAUAUACUGUUCAUAUAUAAAUUACAAAAAAUAUUACCUUUUUUCUCAGUAAGCAGUUUUAAUGAAAGAUUUUGAAAAGGUGCAGAUAUUACUAGAUGUGAUGUAAACUUGUUCAUGGUAAACGUUGUAUAAAGAAAAAAUGGUUUAGAAAACUAUAAUGUAAGUUUAUAAAAAUCAAAAUUUAGGUACUUUUUUUAGCUCACCUGAGCUGAAAGCUCAAGUGAGCUAUUCUGAUCACAUUUUGUCUGUCGUCCGUCUGUCCGUCCGUCCGUAAACUUUUCACAUUUUCAACAUCUUUUCAAGAACUACUGGGCCAAUUUCAACCAAACUUGGCACAAAUCAUCCUUAAGCAAAGGGGAUUCAAAGUUGUGAAACACCCUUUUUUCAAAGGGAGAUAAUUAAAAAUUAAUGAAAAAUUUCGAGGAAUUCUCAAAAAUCUUCUUCUCUAGAACCACAAAGCCAGGAAAGCAGAGACUUGUGUGGAAGCAUCCUAAGGUAGUGUAGAUUCCAAGUUGUGAAA